GAUAGGCGACACGGUGCGAUGUCGUUCCACUUGGCGCAGAUGCUGACCGGGCACGGCUGCUUCGGUCGCUAUCUGUGCCGAGUGCUGGGGCGGGAGCCGACGUCGGAAUGUCACCAUUGCGACGCCGGCGCCGAGGACACGGCGGAGCACACGCGCGCGGUCUGCCCGGCGUGGUGCGAGGAGCGCGCCGCCCUGUCGGCGGCCAUCGGAGCGGAUCUCUCGCUGCCGGCCGUGAUCUCGGCCAUGGUCGGCAGCGAGGAGAACUGGAGCGCCGUCUCCUCCUUCUGCAGCGCCGUGAUGCUGCGGAAGGAGGCGGCGGAGCGGGAGCGGGAACGGGAUCCGAACUCGCUUCCGUCU